CAAGCAAAGGAUGAAAAGAAGGAUUACCAAUUGCUCAUAGCGUCUUAAUUUUAAGAACCAGCACAUAUAAUAUUUACUUCUUUUUUGUUGUGCGAGGUAGCUAGCUCUAGGCAGCCAUGUUGAGAUUGAUUGGAAGCUUGAGCUUUAUAUGGCUACUCAUGGCCACAUCCACAAUGGCUCAAACCUGGCCUCCUCCUGUGCUUGAUGCAGAUGGCCAACCUCUUAGAAGUGGUGUAGAAUACUACGUACUUCCAGCUGUAACUGAUUUAGCCGGUGGCUUAACCCUUGUUAAUCUUAACAACGGUUCAAUAUGUCCACUCUUUGUUGGGCAAGAGCCUCUUGCACCUGUUGUGUCCCCAGGCACUUCAGUCAUAUUCACACCACGGGUCGCGGAUACUGUUAUAAGGGAGACAAGGGACUUCACUGUUGCUUUCACUGGUCCAACAAUUUGUCAGUCUACUGCAUGGAUGGUAGGUGAGCAGAAUCCAGAGACAAGUACGAGGUAUAUCUUGGCUGAAACGGAUCCUAAUCCUUCUUCUAAUGCUUGGCACUUCAACAUCGUCAAGAAUGAUCUAGGCCUCUACAAUUUUCAAUGGUGUCCAAAUUGUCUCACGGAAGUUUGUCCUAGGCCUUUGUGUGGGGAUGCUGGUAUUGUGGUUGAGAAUGAAAGGAGAUUGCUGGUCUUGGAUGGUCCCGCCUUUCCUUUUAUAUUUAGAAGGGCUUGAAUAGUUUGCAAUAGUCUCCAUGUGUCAAGAAUAAUCAAUGACAUCUUGUCAAUGUAUUGGUAAUUGUACAAAUAAAUGGAGAUCUUUAAUCCCUGGCUGAUUAAAUAUAUAGCAUGGGUAAUAAAUAAAGGCUUUCGAUGUUUAUGAUAA